GGCAGAGGAGGGCGGGGCAUGACUUCCCCGUCCUAGCAAAAAUAUAUCGCUUAACGUUAAUGCUACAUCUUCAGAUUGUCAGAUACGUCUUGAAAUUACCUCUAAAAUAACAAAAUUCGUUUAAUAUAGCACAAUGGGGGGAUAUUUUUUGUUAUACAUAAUUUAAUACAUUCUUCAGUGUAAACUGAGAGUUAAACCCUGGCAGUCUCUUUACCUGACACGGUAAUAUGAGUGAUAGAGUUGAUUGCCAACACCUGUGCGUGUUGAUCAGGGACGGCAGGUGUGUGGUCCUGUUGACCUCGAGCUCUCAACGGAGAGUCUCACUUUUACAAGCUGACUGGUUUCAUUGUUUAUACUGGAAAAUCAAAUGCUGAUGGCAGCUGUCCUUCGUUAUUUUCGCAAUGUUAUGUUACUGGUGCUGGUCACUUGUAGCUGCCCGCUGGUUAGAUCCUCUCUUGCCACCUCUAAUGCGCUGCACACACUGGGCGACUUUACCCAGUACCCGUACGGCAGCAUCUUCUCCCCGCUGCUCAAAGCCCUAUCAGAGCACGGAGGGUCGAGGUGGAACCCAGACUUGAAGAAAAAGAUGAAACCUGAACACAGGUAUAUGAAAUAUCUGACCGAGGUCUACAAGAAGUCAUCCAGAGUGCAGAGGAGUCUGGACGGGAAUAAAAUCUACAACACACUCCGACUGAUCAAGCCACAAGAUGAGUGUCUUGCAAAAAAUAAUGAAGAGAGUUUUAUGCAGGAUCUUUCCUACAGACUGGAUCAAGUAAGAAAAAAAGAGCAACUUUUGAAGUCGGCCCUGCUGUACAACUUAGACCACGUCAACUCUGUGUGUUACCUGAGUAUCAAGGAGCAGGAGCACUCGAACCAAUGUCCGCUGUGUCCUGGGAUCCACCAUGCUCUGAACUUCACAGCCAGCGAAGAUGGGAAGAGCAGGAGAAACUGGGCGGAGGUUGACAUCACCUUAUUUCUUCAGCCUCUCCUAAGGUUUCAGAAGCAGAAUAUACACCUUCUCAUCAAUGUCACCUGCCCAGAGGAACAAAAAACCACGGAUGAUGGGCGUAAAGGCCCUCUGGAGUUCACCAUGAGGUCCCCUCCUCUGCUUCUUUAUCUCAAUGACACCAGCAAAGUUGCCCAUCAGAGGUUACUGGUCAGCGCUAAAUCAAGUCAAAGGUCGUCCACCGCUGCGAACACAUUUCACAAGCAGAUGGUUUUCAAACCGCAGCAGAGGUUCGGGCGCAAGAGGAGAUGGAAGAGGGAAUCUCCAAAGAGCAAACGAGGUGAUAAAAGCCUGGAUAUCCACCUGCCUGAGCUUCUCCCAAGCUCAGAAUUCCCAACAAGUGACUGUGCCUUAUAUGAUUUCAGGGUGCGAUUCAGCCAGCUCAAACUGGAUCACUGGAUUGUUUUCCCACCAAAAUACAACCCCAGGUACUGCAAAGGUAUCUGCCCUAGGACCAUGGGCUUCAUCUACGGUUCACCUGUCCACACCAUGGUGCAAAACAUCAUAUAUGAGAAGCUUGACUCCUCUGUGCCAAGGCCCUCGUGUAUUCCCUCCCAUUACAGCCCGCUGAGUGUCAUGAUCUGUGAAGAGGACAGCUCCUAUGUCUACAAGGAGUUUGAAGACAUGGUUGCCACCAGGUGUACGUGUCGCUAAGCCAGCUAGCAAAUAUGUCUUUUUUUUUCUUCGUCAUUUACAAGCUGAAUAGAGCAUCACCACAAACCUCUUCUACAAUCAUCACAGGUCACAGGUGGACUCUAUCCAAGUAUUAGAUAAUCUGACCAGGCUUAGUGAUUUCAUGAAUUUAUAAAAUCGUUGUGCAUGAAAGAAGUUUGAUCUGGAGCAGGUGUGUUUACUUAAUCCAAAAGUAUUUUAUCCUUGUGAAUAAUGUGGAGACGUAACAUUUAUUUCCUUUUUGUUUAAUGCGUGACAAGAGGGGGUGCAAUGGCAUCCUGUUCUUCAACUUACUGAAUUUAACACACUUGAAGAAGAAAAUGUGUGAUGUAUGAUUUUUUUAAGUUAUUUUUUUGUUAACUUAUUUUGGGUGUGUGGUCUGUCAUUAUUCUUUAAUUUAACACAAUUUCCAAGUUUUAAGUAGCCCUGUUCUGGACAAAAGAUGAAAAAGCAGUUACAAACUCUUAUCAAACCUUUUACAUAUCGUUUUAUUCCUGGAGAUUACCGACAGCUGUCUGAAGGGCAGCUGUCUUCUUAAUGUCCAGAAUGAAAGCUGUCAAGGUUUCAGUGUGUGUGUAUUACUUCUGGUCACUGAGUGACUGCAUUCGUAUGAAUUAACUGCAUACUUAUGAAAUUGCACUGGUUGAAUGCGAACUAAAUGCAUGUCAUGUCUAUUUAUGCAAAUUGUAUGAAUUCACUGUGUGUCUGUGCUCAGCUUAGGAAUAAUCAAAGGAAUGAAAAUAUGUAGACAUAUUCUCUGAAAAAUUGGAAAUAAAAAAAAUAGCAUGCA